AUCUUUUGGGCCCGUCCGCUUCAGCCUCAUAGCUUAUCCGGAGGAUGGAGCACCUCAAAGCAGCUGAAUCAACUUUGCUGAAUGUUUUGCUCAGCCCCCUCAAACAGGCAGAGCCCACCUCAUGAAGCCAGAAGCCGCUUACCUGAAAGCCCUCCCAAACGGGAUUAUUGGUGUUGCCCUAUUUGGACAGCCUACAACAAAUGCUUCCUUCAGCCGAUAGAAUGGCCUCCGGAAGCUUUUAGUAGCUUCUGCAUAAACCUCAGCGAAAGAAUCUCCCUCAACCAUCUUCAUGUAAAUGCUUUUCAAAUCCUUUCAUCACAUUCCAUAAGCGUUCGGGUGUUCGAAGGUCGUUCUGGUUCAGACUUCAGAAAAAUGUUGGGAAGGCUGGUACGAGCAUCUCCUCGUCUCGCUAACGGGGUAGUCCCCUUGCUGUUUCACAGAGCAUUUUCUUCGUCCAACACCCGGAUAAUUGAAAGCCUAUCUUCUUCCAACCAGAAUCUCGAUAAUCCAAACCAAACCACUGAAACUCUUCAACCAUCUGCCACAAUUUCAAUUGAUCGAUCCGGCUUAUUCAAUCCUUCUGAGCAUUCCCAUGAACCCUCUUCAGAUUCCGAGCUCGUUAAACAUCUAAAGAGUAUUAUCAAGUUUCGAGGGGGACCGAUCACAGUUGCUGAGUAUAUGGAGGAGGUAUUGACAAACCCAAAAGCGGGAUUUUACAUUAACCGGGAUGUUUUUGGGAGUGGAGGUGAUUUCAUUACCUCCCCUGAAGUGAGCCAGAUGUUUGGAGAGAUGAUUGGUAUUUGGGCUAUGUGUCUGUGGGAGCAAAUGGGACAACCAGAUAAAGUCAACCUAGUUGAACUUGGUCCAGGACGAGGAACUCUCUUGGCUGAUUUUCUUCGUGGUACAUCAAAGUUUGAAAAGUUUACGAAGUCAUUGCAUUUGCACCUGGUAGAAUGUAGUCCCACACUACAAAAACUUCAAUAUAGCACCUUGAAGUGUACAGAUGAAGAUAAUACUGGCAGCAGUGUUGAUCAAAGGACAAUUAGCACCUUGGCAGGAGUUCCUGUAUAUUGGCAUGCCACACUGGAGCAGGUCCCAUCAGGAUUGCCUACCAUUGUCAUCGCUCAUGAAUUUUAUGAUGCUCUGCCAAUUCAUCAAUUCCAGAGAACUUCUCGUGGCUGGUGUGAAAAAAUGAUUGAUGUUGCAGAAGAUUCAUCGUUUCGAUUUGUUCUAUCUCCACAACCUACACCUACAACUCUGUAUUUGAUGAAGCGGUGUAAGUGGGAUGCAAAAGAAGAAACUGCCAAGUUAGAUCACAUUGAGAUUUGCCCAAAGGCAAUGGAGUUGACCCAGAUGAUUACUAAGAGAAUAAGUUGUGAUGGUGGUGGGGCUCUUAUAAUUGAUUAUGGCCAGAAUGGGAUAGUCUCUGAUAGUUUGCAGGCUAUCCAGAAGCAUAAGUUUGUGAAUAUACUAGACAAUCCUGGCUCAGCUGAUCUCAGUGCUUAUGUUGAUUUUGCUUCCAUUAGGCACUCUGCAGAAGAAGCUUCAGAGGAUGUGUCAAUCCAUGGCCCGAUUACUCAAUCUCAGUUUUUGGGUUCACUUGGUAUAAACUUCCGAGUUGAGGCACUAUUGCAAAGCUGCACAGAUGAACAAGCAGAAUUGCUGAGGACAGGAUACUGGCGCUUGGUUGGAGAUGGAGAAGCUCCAUUCUGGGAGGGACCUGAUGAGCAGACACCCAUUGGUAUGGGUACACGGUACUUGGUGAUGGCAAUUGUGAACAGGAAGCAGGGGGUUCCAGUUCCAUUCCAAUAGUCUGGGAUAAUGUGCAUUUGAUUUCUUGGCUAUGAACUUUUGCUGAAAAGGUCACCAACUGGACCAGUUAGGACUAUGGAGUAACUUGAUGGAAGUCAAGGGUUCUAAAAGAGCUAAAGGGAAGCUCAAAAAGAUGUGGUUCAAGGUAGCAAGAACAGACCUGAGGAAUGAAAUUUUAACUGAAGAUAUGGCCCUUGAGAGAGUUGAAUGACAAAAUAGAAUUCGUAUAGCUGACCCCAUAUAGGUUAAGUUAUUUUCUCAAGUUUACCAUUUUUUCAGUUGAAAUACUAGUCCUGUAUUUUUCCAUUACAUCAUUAUAUGGAAGUCUUUCUGCAGUUCUUAACCAA